UUUAAGGAAGUUCAAGGACAAUCACAAGCAAUGGAUUUGAUAAUCAACCUAUUCCUAAACGAGAAUGCUUAUGCACUUGUAAUUGAGCAAAGUGACAUCUUGACAAUCAAUGCUAAUAUUCAAUAA